AUGUCGGCCUCGCUUCCUGGUAAUCGCGCCCUUCCGGCUUCGCAGUAUGACCUGACCACGUACUGGGGUCGUGUUAGACAUGCUGCCGACUUGUCUGAUCCGAGCUUUCUGAUCAUGUCAGAGAAGCAAUAUAGUAUCCAUGCAAAGGAUCUGGUCACUUCAUACAAGCAGGGCAAGAUCCAAUCCAUGACCCCCGACUUGUGGACAGCAAAGAAGGUCAUUGAUGCCACUCUGCAUCCUGACACCGGCGAGAAGGUCCUCCUCCCCUUCCGCAUGUCCGCCUACAUCUUCUCCAACCUGGUCGUGACGGCCGGCAUGCUCACUCCCGGUCUCAGCACAGCCGGUACCUUGGGCUGGCAAGUCGCCAACCAGUCUCUCAACGUGGCCAUCAACUCUUCCAACGCCAACAAGUCAAUUCCCCUAUCUACUUCCACAAUGGUGCAAUCAUACUUCCUCGCUGUCGGCGCGAGUUGUGGUGUUGCUCUUGGUCUCAACUCAAUCGUCCCUCGCCUGAAGCGUGUGAGCCCAAACACAAAGAUGCUGUUGGGACGAUUGGUGCCUUUUGCUGCUGUGGCUAGUGCAGGUGUGUUGAACGUGUUCCUCAUGCGUGGAGAGGAGAUUCGCAAGGGUAUCGAUGUCUUCCCCACCGAGACUGAGGCACAGAAACUCAAGCGCGAAGAAGCCGGUCAACCUCUUCAAUCGCUUGGAAAGUCAAAGAAGGCUGCCACUCUUGCUGUGGGCGAGACUGCCAUUUCUAGAGUCAUCAACGCUACACCUAUUAUGGUGUUGCCUCCUCUUNUGUUGGUUCGUCUGCAGAAGACUCAGUGGUUGCAGCAGAGACCGAGAAUGGUCACGCCCGUUAACUUGGGCUUGAUCUUCACGACUAGCAUUUUCGCUCUGCCUUUGGCUUUGGCCAUCUUCCCCCAGAGACAGGCUGUCAAGGUUGAUACUCUGGAGGUCGGGUUCCACGGCCGUGCUGGUGAUGACGGAUGCGUUGAGUUCAACAGAGGUAUCUAG